AUGAAAAACUCACCGUUUUCAUUCACUAUUUGUUUGCUUAGCUUUUUCGUCUUGAUUGAGGGAAUUUGGUGCCUUGAUUAUGGUGCUAGUUUAGAUGAUAGUUGGGCCAUGCCUGAUGGAAACAUGUGGAGAAGUCGAUAUGUUAGAGAUGAUGCAACAUCUACUGUCUAUCAAACUGCUCAUCUCGGUUGGAGAAUUCUCCCACGUUCUGUCGUGAUGGAUCCAUUAAGCAAGCAACUAUAUGGAAUGGCCAAUAAUAUUGCCACUGGAAUGGAUUUCUUGAUUGCUAUUGAUCUUGUAAAUGGAACCUUGUUACCAAUCGUUCAAUUUCCAUCUUCAGAGGAAGGAGAAUUAGUUAAGGAGAUCUCACCACUGUAUCAACAAGAGGGCAAUUACUAUUUCACAGUGAGAAGAAAUCCCAAGACAAAUAUGGACUUUAUUUUGAGAACUUCCGUAUUGAAUGGUACUCACUUUAGUUUCACAACCUCUAGAAGUUAUUCCACUAUCUAUGGAAUGAUUCUUGUUAAAUCUGGAAGAAAUGGAAUUGCUGUCGUAAAUAAUAAUCUUCUCAUAUGUUACAACUCUGAUACAGGUGUACAACUUUGGGAACAUUACAGAGAUUUUAAUGGACAUGUUAAACUCUUCCUUUUUGAGGAUUACAUUCACGUAUUUUGUAAAGCUUUUGGUUAUCAAUUUAGUGCUGCAACUGGAUCCCUGUGGUAUUCGGUUAAUGAUACGUUCCAUGUUGAGGGAAGACAAGAAUACUUUGCCUUAACUUAUUACGACAAUACUCUGGUUGCUACUAUUCAAAAAGGACCAAAAUCUUACAUGAUUGUCAAUUAUAGUGCACGUCGUGUUAUGGAUACAGGUGGCAAGUCUUCAUCUAUUGCCUUAAUAGAUCAAUUUGGAGUUCCAAUUGAUUUGAAUGAUUGUUCCAACAUUGUUUCUACCCCGCAGACGUUUAGUUUUAUGUGUAAAGCAAGAAACUCACCACCAUUCGUAUAUAGUUAUUCUAUUAAGGGAAUUCAUAUUUCAAAAUCUUAUGAAAUUAAUUUGAGCUAUGUUACUGGAAAUAAUGCAAAAAAUUGUUCGAAUCACAUUAGUUUGGUAGAUGAUGAAAAGUUUGCUGUGGUGUGUGAUACUGGGAUGGUCAUCUUCAAAACAGGCGAUAGUUCAGUAAGUCCUAGAGUUGAAUUCAAGAUUCCUAUUAAUGCUGGAACACAAGUGUUUGCUACUGAUAGAAGAUUGACUGUUAUUUCAACCGAAGACACCAAAUCAUUUUCACAAUCUUUAAAAACUAAAUAA